AUGGCAGCAUCUUUACCAAAUGAAUCCUUGCAAGAGAUCUUUUCAUAUAUACAAUAUGACAAAAAGGCAUUGUAUAGUUGUCUCCUUGUAAAUAAAAAUUGGUGUUGCAAUAUUAUACCUCUUUUGUGGAAGCAGCCAUUUCAUUUUUGGGAGGAUCCCAAUGAUCCAUCUCCAAAGCUUACCCAGCCACCUAUAUUUCAAUACCCAAUCUAUUUGCAAAAUUUGGAUACAGAAAAGUUAUAUCAAGCAAGUCGAAGAUGGCUUGAAAAUAUUGAGAUAUUCUUAGAAGACUUAGAUUAUAAAGAAUAUUCUCGUUCAUUGGCUCAUGAAUUGGGUAUUCUAUUUAUGGAACAAUGUAAAAAAAUUAUUCGUCUCGAAAUACAUCAUGAAUCAGUAAUUGUAGAUUAUUAUACCGACAAAUAUUUGCCUGAAGAACUCUAUGCAUUAUUGAAUAACAGCACAUAUACGUCACUUCCAUUUUUUCAUGGAGCAAAGAAUUGUUUGCAUGAUCUUCGUGAAUUUGAGUGUCAUCGACAAAGAAAGGCAGGCGUUUUGCUAAAGAUGGCAGAGUAUUGUCAUAAUAUUGAAAAAUUAGGAGUCUCCAUGUAUGACAUCGACAAAUUAGCAUAUGAUGUUGAAGCUGAAGCUAUAGGUCUUACAUAUCUUAUGUUAGCUCAACAAGGAUUAAAGAAAUUUGUUCUUAGUGGCAACCAAUACGAAUGGCCAGAUGUUGUCAAGUCAUUUAGUAGCCAAUCCAAAACUCUUACUUGCAUUAAUUUUUGUGAUCUGGAUUUUGAUCCAGUGUGUGAUCCUUUAUUAGAAUCUAUUGCUCUACUAAAUUGCUUGGAAAAAUUGAAAUUUAGAUAUUGCUCACAGUUUACUAAUAAAAACAUGGUUUCAUUAUGUAAAGCACACUUUCCAUGUUUGAAGACUUUGCGGUUUUUCUGCAGCCAUCCACCUCUGGAAUCCUUAGUACAAUUGAUAAAUAAUGUCAAAGAUACAAUGAUGUAUUUGGCUAUUGCGCCUGAAAUGUCAGAGACUCAUGCAUGUUCUGACAUCAGAAUGUUAGAAUUAUCUCGUUAUUUUUCACCCAAAUCUCUUGAAUAUUUUCUUAAAAAUUCGCGAGCACCGAUUGAAGUUCUAAACCUCGGAAGAUGCUGGAAUUUAAAUGAAGCUCAUCUUGAAGUAGUUUCAGAAUAUGCAAAAUCAUUAAAUCUCAAAUUGUUAAAUUUGCGAUAUAUAUCUAAGGAAUUGCCACAAGAGAAAGUUGAACAUCUUCAAACUCUUAUAGAAAAGGAUAAUGAACCAGAAUAA